AUGGGCAGCAUCUCCAAACCAAGGCCACUUGACAACCAAGCUACCACCACUUCAAUUGCCUCCACCACAACGAUCGACAACAAUGAUUACCACGACAGAGCUGCUGCACUUUCUAACAUGAUUCGUCAAGAUCUUAUUUUCAUGAAAAAGGCCAUGGCAGAGGUUCAGAAGUACGCAGAUCAGAUGAAUUUGCGAAUCAAAAAGACCUGUGAGAAAUUUGAGGAGCUUGAAACAAGAGGAGGCAGUGAGAGAGAGCUUGGCAAACUGAAAAAGACAGUCAAGAAGUUCAAAUCUCAGAUUCCUUCAAAGUUUAGAAUCCAUUAUGCUGAUUCCGAACAACGUCCGAACCCAUGGUUAGAUGGAUCCAUUAACAGAAGCAGCAACCAAAUCCAUGCAAACAACAAGGCCGAUGACCAUGAUAACAUAUCGCAAAGCUUACGCGAGGGCCCAAAGUUCGAGCAAACCACUGCGUUUGAACAAUUCAAGAUAUCUUUCCUUGGCCUCAACUCCACAUUAAGAGUCUGUUUGUUAUGUUUCUUGAGGUUCCCAGAAAUGGUUGCUAUAAAGAAAAAGCUUAUGAUUCAUUGGUGGAUUGGAGAGGAACUUUUAUCCCCUAUCCCAAUGGACCAAAAAACAGGACUACUGUUGCGGAAGACAGCAGAGGAUUUGGGCAAUGAGUUCAUGGAUGAGCUUAUUGCAAAGGGAUUCAUUGAGCCUAUCUACAAAAACUGCAGCUUGGUUGUGGACUGCUGCAGGAUGUGGCCUCAUAUUCUUUCUGCUUUAACCAUUGUUGCUGAGAGGUUUGUUUUCCGUCCAAUUUGUCCUCCAAGUUUUGCUCAAUAUUAUGAAAACCGAUGCUUGCUCAACAUCAGUGAGGCUAUUAUUGAUGACAUGCUUGAAAAAUUUUCGGAGGUGAAUCGUUUGAAAAUUCUUUACUUGGGAAGGUGGCAGAGCUCGGCCACACAUCACAUUGAAGUGGCAGACAACAAAAUUCUCCAUGGACUGAAGAAUAUGAAUCAAUUGAGGUUUCUUAGCCUUCGAGGUAUUUCUAUGAUUACAAUGCUUCCCUCAUUCAUUUUACAGCUCACUAAUCUCAAGAUCCUCGAUCUUAUAGCAUGUCACAAUCUUGAGGUGGUUCCAGAUGGGAUCGGUUUGCUCAAGAGUAUGACACACUUGGACAUGUCUGAGUGUUACUUUUUAGAUCAUAUGCCCAAGACUCUUGGUUCAUUAUUACAACUCGAAGUCCUUAAGGGAUUUGUUAUUGGACAAUCAACAGAUAAAAAGUCAUGUACUAUACAUGAUUUGAUUAAACUAUCAAAGAUUAGAAAAUUGAGCAUAUACACUAGUUCAAAAGAAUUCCCAACUAAUAAGCAAGUGUGUGGUUUACAAAGAUUAAAAGCCUUGCAAAAAUUGAAAAUAUCUUGGUCAGGAUGUAUUUCACAAGGUGAAACAGAUGACACACCUAUGCAAGUACGAGCACAAGUACAAGGGCACACCACAAACCUGAGAAGAUUACCCACUUCAUAUUGGUCAGAUGAUCCUAAAUUUCCUUGCUCAAUGCAAAAAUUGGUGCUUGAGUGUUUCCCUAUGAUGAUUAUAUCCAGUUCGCUCUUGCCUGCCAACCUAAAGCAACUCUACAUUAGAGGAGGGCAAUUAAGUGAUUUAGGCCCAAUAGCAUCUACCACAGUCAAUAAAUUGCGGUUGAAGUACUUGAGUAAAUUAGAGAUGCAUUGGACAGAAUUUAGAACAUUAUUUCCCAAUUUGAUUUACUUGGAGAAAGUAGAAUGCCCCACGCUCGCUAACUUUCCUUGUGAUGAGAAUGGUGUGUGGAUGAACAACUCACAAGGGUUUAUGUGA